GCCGAACACCUGCUGCAUCCAGCAAACACCUGGUACAACAGUGCUGUUCAGAUUGUGAGUGUAGGUUAACUGCAGAGGACCAACAUCAUGACUCCAGCCUUUUUCUUCUCCGUCUGCCUGUCAAUGACAGCGGUUUGUCUGAGGGCUGCUGUCAUUAGAAAUAUAACUGAUGAGUCUCUGGGUGCCCCAGCGAUCAUUGAAAAAGUCAAUGCUAACUCAACAAAAGUGUUGGUUCAUGGUGACAUUGUGCCCACUGCUACCAGGAAUGCUGUUCCAUGCACAGCCAUUGGCUGCAAGUGGCCUAAAACUGGACCCUUUGUCUAUGUACCUGUCUCCAUUGGCACUGAAUACAGCAACCAAGAGCGCAACAUCAUCAUCAGUGCCCUAGUCACCUUCCAUGCUCCCACCUGCAUCCGGUUUGUCUGGCAUACAAGCCAGACAGAUUUCAUUCACUUCUUCUCUGGACAAGGGUGUUAUUCAUACCUGGGCCGUCAGAGUGGAGGACAGCCAAUCUCCCUACAGAGAAAUGGUUGCUUGUUUCAGUCGACGGUUCAACAUGAGGUUCUUCAUGCUCUGGGCUUCCACCACGAGCAUGUCCGCUCUGACAGAGAUCUGCAUGUGAGGAUCCUUACCGGGAACAUCAUCCCAGGAAAAGAGCACAACUUUGUGAAAGUGCAGACCAACAAUUUGCAGACUCCCUAUGACUUCAACUCUGUCAUGCACUAUGGCAGAUUCCACUUCUCCAAGAAUAGGAAGCCAACGAUUGUUGCCAAGUCCAAUCCUAAUCUUAAUUUUGGAAAUGCUUUCCAAAUGAGUGCCAAUGACAUUGCUCGUGUAAACAGGCUUUAUGAAUGCUAAAUUCAGCAAGAACCUUCAACUUUGCAUCCAGAUUCUUCAGAUGCUCAAACACCAGCAUUACACCAAGGGAUUGGAUCCACUAUACUUAAAAAUGAUAAAAGAAACAAAAUGUGCUGCAAAUAUCACAUUUAGGGAGUUGAAGUUCUGGGUCUUUGUUUUAUGAGCUAAACGGCAGGCUUAUAUACCAGAGGGUGAUGGUGUUAUCUUGCUUUCUGUUGAGGUUUUCUCCCCUUUUGUUAGACUAUAAACUAUAAUUAAUGGAUUUCUCAAUCUGUGCAGUUUGAUAAUUAACUUUGUAACUGUAAAUGAUGCAGACAUAGAACCAAACCUUGUGACUGCGACAUCUCUCAAAGAUUUUUGUUUGGCAAAACAGUAAAGU